CCGUUCCCCUGCUUGUGUGUACGUUUCCAAGGAGAGCAGCCAUACAGUCAGACAACACGCCUGUCACUGAUGAUAACUCCAUUUAUGUUAUCUGAAGGGUCGUGCGUUAUCACCGGGCACAGACAACGGCCAAACAGAGGGACCCCACCCGGGAAUGGGUAGCGAGGACUCUGAGUCAACGGUCGGUUGAACCACUCCCAGACUCCAGCCAGAGAGAGAGAGAGAGGGAAACGAUGGAUCCGUUGCUGAUCCAAGAUGCCUCGUGAAGACCCAAAACGCCUCAUCACCCUUCCUUAUCCACUCCAGAACCCCCCCUCCCCUGACCCACAAGACAAAGUCUCUGAAUUUGAUUUGAAAGUAAUAAGGAAUGGGCCUUUCCAGAAUCGGCCGAUAGAAGAAGCAGACAGCCAAUGAACCAAAACCACUUUAGCUCUUUUCCGACGGUACUUUUUCCCAUGAAGUGAACGAGGCCUGAGCCAUGAUGAACCGCUACACCACGCUGAGGCAGCUCGGGGAUGGCACCUACGGCAGCGUGCUCAUGGGCCGCAGCAUUGAGUCCGGAGAGCUGGUGGCCAUCAAGAGGAUGAAGAGGAAGUUUUACUCAUGGGAAGAGUGCAUGAACUUGAGAGAAGUCAAGUCUUUGAAGAAGUUGAACCAUGCCAACGUGGUGAAACUAAAGGAGGUGAUCAGAGAGAACGACAACCUUUACUUUGUCUUUGAGUACAUGAAGGAGAACCUCUACCAGCUCAUGAAAGACAGGGAGAAUAAGAUGUUCACAGAGAAUGAGAUUAGGAACAUCAUGUUUCAAGUGAUUUCUGGGUUGGCUUUUGUGCACAAGCAUGGUUUCUUCCACCGGGACAUGAAGCCAGAGAACCUGCUGUGCAUGGGGCCGGAGCUGGUCAAGAUCGCAGACUUUGGCCUGGCCAGAGAGAUCCGCUCCAGGCCUCCGUAUACCGACUACGUCUCCACCAGAUGGUACCGUGCUCCAGAGGUGCUGCUCAGGUCCUCCACCUACAGCUCUCCCAUCGACAUGUGGGCGGUGGGCUGCAUCAUGGCCGAACUGUACACCCUCAGACCUCUGUUCCCUGGCAACAGCGAGGUGGACGAGAUCUUUAAGAUCUGCCAGGUCCUGGGCACCGUCAAGAAGUCCGACUGGCCGGAGGGCUACCAAUUGGCUUCGGCCAUGAGCUUCCGCUUCCCCCAGUGCGUGCCCACCCACCUGAAGACGCUCAUCCCCAACGCCAGCAGCGAGGCCAUCGCCCUGAUGAGGGACAUGCUGCAGUGGGACCCCAAGAAGAGGCCCACGGCGGUGCAGUCGCUGCGGUACCCCUACUUCCAGGUGGGCCAGGUGCUGGGAUCCCAGAGCCAGGAGGCACGGAAGGUCAAAGCCAGGCCUCAGUCCCCGAACGAGGUCCAGCCGGCCAAGGUGACCCCCCAGCAGUAUUCCUCACCAGAGUCCAAGGCCUCGUCCACCUCCUCCAGCCGGUCCCUCAACAGUCACCCCCAGCAACCCCCCCAGCAGAGCCAGCAGCCACACCACCCCCCCCACCAGCAGCCGAACCAACCCCCCCAGCAGCAGCCCCCGCAGCAGGUCCCCGUGUCCCAGGCCGAGCCCAAGCACGGAAAAGCGGCGGCGGCGGCGGCGGCGGCGGUGGUCAGUGAGAACGGCGGGGCGGCGGGGGCGGGGCCACUGAAGAGCGGCCGCCGGCGCUGGGGCCAGACUGGGGUCCGCGCCGCCGACAGCUGGGACGAGUCGGACCCCACGGAGGCCGCCGUCCCCCACUCCAAGAGGCCCAGCCUGGGGCACGUGGAGGAGGAGGGGAGGCUGAAGGAGCAGCCCCGGCAGCCUAAAGAGCAGAAGCCAUUGUAUUCCUUCAGCACAGUUACCAAGCUACCCAGCAAUAUCAAGGUCGGCCAAAUAGACGCCAGUGUCCCCGUGUCUUCUGCGCGACAGCACUAUCUCAGCCAAUCAAGAUACCUGCCAGGGUUGAUAGGCAAGAACCAGCCUUCCAACGUGGACAAGGAGCUGAGCGGAGCCACCCUCCGGGACCUAUGGGACAACUCCAGCAACGUGGUGGCCAAACCUCUCGCUCCUAUUGGUGGAGGUGUAUCGGUCCACAGAGCCAAUCAAGGGAACUUUGUGAGCACCAAGUACAACCUCUCUGGCGGUUACAUGCCCUCCUUCCAGAAGAAGGAGGUGGGGUCUGUGGGCCAGAGGAUUCAGCUGGCUCCCUUGGCCGGCCAACACACAAUAAACCUUUCUUCCUCUCCUGAAAUUAAAAAAGAUAAAAGCAAAUCUGCCAAGGCCAAGCCCACAUCCAACUCCUCUAUGGGUGAAAGUCACGAAGACUACGAGGGGUGGAAGAGGAGGACGGACCGAACUCAGGUGAAGGGCAGCGGCUAUGCAGCGUUAGGGAAACCUUCCGGAAACCUCCUGACCCGGGCCACCACUGUACAGCCGGUCCACGGCAGGGUGGACUGGACGUCCAAAUACGGGGGAAAUCGGUAGCCCGACGGAGGGGACCGAGUCGGCUGCCUCCACUCGCUGUUGGGGGUUUAGCGAGGUCUGAGUCACUUUUGGGGCACAAAAGGAGUUCCUGCUGCGUUGCUGAAUGCACCUUUUAUUCUCUGAGUGGGACCAGAGUUUAUUUUUUUUUCCUCCAAAUUGUAUUAACUGUACUUUUAUAAAAACAGAUUCUAGACAUCAUAUAAGCAACUCCAUAUACUCCAACUCCAUAAUCCUCUGUUCAUCUUCGUAGAAAUUCUAAUAUUUCACCCGAUUUAUGUCCUUUAAUGUUUUUGAGGAAGUCCUUUCCACGAUUCCUCACAUGCUGGCACUUUUUUAUGGUGUAGCUGGAUACAAUGUUCGCAGGAACUAUGACCGUGUGCUUUGGUCAUUUGGUCAACUUGGGAGAUCAGAUGGUCACAUCUAAAUAGGGGAUGGAUAGGCAACAUGGUUGGCCUAUUGAAGUCUAUUAGUGGCCAGAAAUUCUUCAUACAUUUGUGUUUAUGGUCAAAGGUCGUUUUGUAUCUGAAGGGUUUUUAGUUGUUUUGCUCGUCGAAAUGGCAUCAGAGAAAGGUCAUACCGAUGCUGUAUCUCUGUUUAUCUUUUUGGUUUGUUUACAUGUAGGCCAUAAAGAUCAUCUUUGCAUUGAAAGUGAUUAUUUCCUGUUCUACUACAUUCUUUUCAAAUAAUGGCAAAUUAAUUUGUAUGAUUCAGUAAAUAAACGUAAUUUUGUAAACAUUUUACAAUA